CAUUGUUUGAAUUUAAAAACGAAAACAUCGCGGUGCGGUUCGCUGGUCUGGCUGGUUCGGCGACCUUUGCAGAAUGGAAUCUAAUUUGAAUCAAGAUGGGAUGCCUAGAGCAUCUUAUGUUUUUAGUGCUGACCCAAUUGCAAGACCUUCAGAAAUAAAUUUUGAUGGCAUAAAGCUUGACCUGGCUCGUAAAUUUUCUUUAGUUGCUUCAAACACGGAGGCAAACAGUAUGGAAUCUAAAGAUUAUCUCCAAGUUUGUCUUCGAAUAAGACCAUUCACGCAGUCAGAAAAAGAACACGAGUCUGAGGGCUGUGUGCAUAUUCUGGAUUCACAGACAGUUCUGCUGAAAGAUCCUCAAAGCAUCCUUGGUCGGUUAAGUGAGAAAAGCUGUGGGCAGAUGGCCCAGAAAUUCAGUUUUUCUAAGGUUUUUGGCCCAGCAACUACGCAGAAGGAAUUCUUUCAGGGUUGCAUUAUGCAGCCAUUAAAAGACCUCUUGAGAGGACAGAGUCGGCUGAUUUUUACUUAUGGGCUAACCAAUUCAGGAAAAACAUACACAUUUCAAGGCACAGAAGAAAAUAUUGGCAUUCUGCCUCGAACUUUGAAUGUGUUAUUUGAUAGUCUUCAGGAAAGGCUAUAUACAAAGAUGAAUCUUAAACCACAUAGAUCCAGAGAAUACUUACGGUUAUCACCAGACCAAGAGAAAGAAGAAAUUGCUAACAAAAGUGCAUUACUUCGACAGAUUAAAGAGAUUGCUAUGCAAAAUGACAGUUAUGAUACUCUUUCUGGAAGUUUAACGAACUCUUUGAAUAUGUCAGAGUUUGAAGAAUCCAUGAAAGAUUGUGAACAAGCUAGUUUGAAUAUGGACAAUGAUGUAAAAUUUUCUGUGUGGGUUUCCUUCUUUGAGAUUUAUAAUGAAUGCAUCUAUGACUUGUUUGUUCCUGUGUCAUCUAAAUUCCAAAAGAGAAAGAUGUUACGCCUUUCCCAAGACAUAAAGGGCUAUUCUUUUAUAAAAGAUCUACAGUGGAUUCAAGUGUCUGAUUCCAAAGAAGCAUAUAGACUUUUAAAGCUGGGAACAAAGCACCAAAGUGUUGCCUUUACAAAACUGAACAAUGCUUCUAGUAGAAGUCACAGCGUUUUCACUAUUAGAAUAUUACAGAUCGAAGAUUCUGAAAUGUCUCGUGUACUUCGAGUCAGUGAAUUGUCUUUAUGUGAUCUUGCUGGUUCAGAACGAAGCAUAAAGACACAGAAUGAAGGUGAAAGGUUAAGAGAGACUGGGAAUAUCAAUACUUCUUUAUUGACUCUGGGAAAGUGUAUUAAUGUCUUGAAGAAUAGUGAAAAGUCAAAGUUUCAACAGCAUGUGCCUUUCCGGGAAAGUAAACUGACUCACUAUUUUCAAAGUUUUUUUAAUGGUAAAGGAAAAAUAUGUAUGAUUGUCAACAUCAGCCAGUGUUGUUUUGCCUAUGAUGAAACACUCAAUGUAUUGAAGUUCUCAGCCAUUGCACAAAAAGUAUAUGUUCCAGACACUUUAAAUUCUUCUCAAGAGAAAACAUUUGGACCUGUUAAAUCUUCUGAAGAUGUAUCAUUAGACAGUAAUUCAGCUAAUAAAAUAUUACAUGUAAAAAGAGAUACCAUUUCAUGGGAAAAUAGUCUGGAAGAUCUGGUGGAGGAUGAAGAUUUGACUGAAGAUUUAGAAGAAGCUGAAGAAAACCAAAAUGUGGAAACUGAACUUAUAAAUGAAGAGAAAACAUUAGAGGGAGAUAAGGCUUCCAUUAGCCACGAGGAGAAAAAAAAACUAUUGGAUUUAAUAGAAGACUUGAAAAAAAAACUUAUAAAUGAAAAGAAAGAAAAGUUAACGUUGGAAUUCAAAAUUAGAGAAGAAGUUACACAGGAGUUUACUCAAUAUUUGGCUCAACGGGAAGCUGACUUUAAGGAAACUCUCCUUCAGGAACGAGAAAUCCUAGAAGAAAAUGCUGAAUGUCGUUUGGCUAUCUUCAAGGAUUUGGUUGGUAAAUGCGACACUCAAGAACUAACAGAUGAAGUUUGUGUGAUGAAAGUUGAAACUAAAGAAGCCCAUAAUUAUGUAGGAUUUGAAGAUAUUAUUGAUUCGCUUCAAGAUGAUGUCACUGAUAUUAAGAAACAGGCCGAAUUUGCUCACUCAUGUAUUGUGUCUCUUGCUGAUCCCCAGGAAGCUAUUGCUUCUUUAGAAGUAAAAUUUAAUCAAGUUAAAGCUGAAUUAGCUAAAACCAAAGAAGAUUUAAUCAAAACCAAAGAAGAGUUAGAAAAGAAAGAAAAUGAAUCAGAUUCAUUGGCUCAGGAGCUUGAGUCAUCUAAUAAGAAAAUAAUUAUGCAGAAUCAGCGAAUUCAAGAAUUGGCAGAUAUAAUUGAUCAAAAAGGAGAUGCUAUCAAUACAUUUCAGAACCUGAACUUUCAUUCGGAAAACACAGUUAAAGGCAAUGAUGAAGCUGGUACAUCUUCUUUAGUAACAACCAACCAAUUACCUGGUAUUGAAACAGUUAAAGUACCUAAGGACACCAACACUAAAGCUGAUAAAGAAAGAAAAAGAUUACAUGAAAAUGAACUUCAACUAGAUGAACCAUCAGCAAAGAAAGGACAUAUACAUGUUAGCUCAAUUAUCAAUGAAGACCGAAAGAAAAGUGAAGAAAUGCAUCUGAGUAUUUCAGAAGACAAAGAAGACAUUGAAGUUUUCAAAGAAAAUAAUGAAGAGCUGAAAAUGCUUUUACUCAUUGCUGAGAAUAAACUUAAAAAUGAAAAGGAAGAAAAAGCAGAAUUAAAUAAACAGAUCGUUAGUUUGCAGCAGGAACUUUCUUUUUCCGAGAAAAAGAUCUUAAGUUUAAAUAUAGAUGUCCAACAAAUUCAGUCAAAUUAUGACAGUGCAAUUGCUGAGUUACAGGUGCAGAAGGGUGUAAAUCAAGAACAGGAGGAAAAGAUUAUGAAAUUGUCAGAGGAAAUAGAAGCAGCUACAAGAAGCAUCACAAAUAAUAUAUCACAAAUAAAAUUAAUGCAGAUAAAAAUUGAUGAACUACGUACAGUUGAUUCGGUUUCUCAGAUCUCAAACAUAGAUUUAUUCAAUCCCAGGGAUCUAAGAAAUGGUUAUCAGGAGGAUAAUUUGCCAAAUCCACAAUUACAUAUUUUAGGUAAUGAUUAUUUGGGAAGUAAGCAGUUUAAAGACUAUCAUGUUCAAGAACUCAGUAGAGAAAGUUCUUUCCACUCUAGUAUUGAAGCUAUUUGGGAAGAAUGUAAGGAGAUUGUGAAGGCUUCCUCCAAAAAAAGCCAUCAGAUCCAGGACCUGGAACAAGAGAUUGAAAAAUUACAGGCAGAAGUAGAAGGCCUGAAGGAUGAAAACAGUAAACUAAAAAUAGAGGAAAGGAAGCACGAACAGCAAAGUGACCUACUCAAAGAAAAAGAAAGUCUUAUACAGCAGUUGAAAGAAGAACUGCAAGAAAAAAGCCUUCGUCUUGGUGUUCAAGAACAGCACAUAGUUGAAGGAAAGAGAGUACUUUCUGAACUUGAACUAAACGUCACUUCUUAUAAGGAGAAAAUAAAGGAACUGGAAACAAUCUUAGAGACUCAGAAAGAUGAGUGUACACGUUCAGCCAAGCUAGAAGAAGAUAUUUUGGAAAAGGAAUCAACCAUCUUAAAGCUAGAAAUAAAUCUAAAGGAAUUACAAGUGAAUCUUCAGGACUCUAUCAAAAAUGCCAAGGAAUUAAGUGAAAAGGAAGUUAAUUUGAAAGGAGAAAUCACACAAUUAAGGAGUAAUUUGCAAGAAGUGACUCAUUCACUUAAAUUAUUUGAAGAAGAAAAAGAAACCUACAGACAAGAAACAGAAAAGUUGAAAGAAGAACUCUCUGCAAGCUCUACUCUUACCCAGAAUUUGAAAGCAGAUCUUCAGAGGAAAGAAGAAGCUUAUACUGAGCUGAAAGAGAAAAUGACUGAUGCCAAAAAACAGAUUGAGCAAGUGCAAAAAGAGAUAUCUGUAAUGCGUGAUGAAGAGAACUUACUGAGAAAUAAAAUUAAUGAGCUGGAGAAAAAGAAAAAUCAGUGCUCUCAGGAAAUAGAUAUGAAACAGAGAACCAUUCAGCAGCUCAAGGAGCAGUUAAGUAGCCAGAAAGUGGAGGAAGCCACCCAACAGUAUGAGAGAGUGUGCAAAGAUCUAAAUAUUAAAGAGAAAAUAAUUGAAGACAUGAGAAUGACAUUACAAGAACAAGAACAAACUCAAGUAGAACAAGAUCAAGUGCUUGAAGCUAAAUUAGAAGAAGUUGAAAAUUUGGCCACAGAACUGAAACAGUGGAAGGAAAAAUUCAAUGAUCUGGAAACCAGAAGUCAUCAAAAGUCAAGUAAAGAACUCGAGGGUAACACAGAUGUACUUAGUAAAAAGCUUGGUAAUCUGCAAGACGAGCUACAGGAAUCUGAACAAAAAUACAAAGCUGAUAGAAAGAAAUGGCUAGAAGAAAAAACAAUGCUUAUCACUCAAGCAAAAGAAGCUGAGAAUCUGCGAAACAAAGAGAUGAAAAGAUAUGCAGAAGACAGGGAGAGGUGUUUAAAGCAGCAGCAGGAAGUGGAAUUACUGACAGCACAGCUGGUAGAGAAAGAUCGUAACCUUCAAAAGUGGCGAGAAGAACGGGAUCAACUGGUUGCAGCGUUAGAAAUACAGCUGAAAACACUGAUCUCCAACAACCAACAGAAAGAUAACGAGAUUGAAGAACUGAAAAAGAUCACAGCAGAGUCUUCUAAACCAGAAAAACAAACCAUGGAUAUCAAGCCCAGUUCAAUAGAUUCUGGCAGUGUGGAAACUGAACCUCCUUCAGCAAGGUUUGAAAUUUCCAGGGAUGAAGUUGAGGAUGGAUCUGUAGUCCUUGAUUCUUGUGAAGUGUCAUCAGAAAAUCAUCAAAGUACUCGAUUUCCAAAACCUGAGCUAGAGAUCCAGUUUACACCUUUACAGCCAAACAAAAUGGCAGUGAAACACCCUGGCUGCCCCACGCCAGUGACAGUUAAGAUUUCCAAGGCCCGGAAGAGGAAAAGUAAUGAAAUGGAGGAGAGUAGUAUAUUAUCAAGCUGGUGGAAGAGCAGAGAUAGUACUAACCAUACUCCUGAGGCUCUCCGUCAGGACUUGGUGAAAAGUGAAAAUAAGAAAAAUGCUACACCUAAAACUAAUUUGAAGUUUCCUGUUUCAGAGGAUAGAAAUUCUGCCAAAAAACAACAAAAGGUGUCAACACAGCCAUCAUCGAAGAAAACAUAUUCUUUACGGAGUCAGGCAUCCACAAUUAGUGUAAACUUGCCCACUAAGAAAAAAGAAGGAACGCUACAGAAAUUUGGAGACUUCUUACAACAUUCUCCAACAAUUCUUCAGUCAAAAGCAAAGAAAAUAAUUGAAACAAUGAGUUCUUCAAAGCCCUCAAAUGUAGAAGCAAGUAAAGAAAAUGUAUGUUUUCCAAAACGAGCCAAACGGAAAUUAUACACAAAUGAAAUUUCAUCUCCUAUUGAUCUGUCAGGCCAAGUGAUUUUAAUGGACCGGAAAGUAAAGGAAAGUGAUCAUCAGAUUCUCAAACGACGACUUCGAACAAAAACAGCUAAAUAAACCACGAUAGAGACUAUUUCGAUAUAAAUUUUAUAUUCGGAAUCAUUGUAACUUACAUCUUGACUUUGUAAAUAUAAUUAUAUAUAUUAUGUAUGAUGCUUUAAAUUGCUUUAUAUAUAGAUGGCUGUUUUAUACAUUGUAUAAUUUUAAUUCAAUAAAAGGAAAGUAGGUCAAUAA